AUGGCAAAUCUACCCGUUCUAGGCUGGCUGGCCGAUACAUUCAUCAAUUCUUGGUCUGAUACAUUCAACCGACAAGUGAGCAUUAGCGAACAUCGUGUUCGUCUACGAGAUAUCAUUCGACCAUCCCACCAUAUUUUGGGUCAGCAUACAAUUCAUGUUUUGCCCUAUUCUACAGCAGCUUUCUCUACUUCCGCUAAAGGGUCUGCAGCUAUUCCAGCCUGCUAUUGCUUGGAUACCGAUAAUCCCAAAGCAGAGCUUUCAAUACCAAUCCUCUUCAACAAUACUGAGCCGCAAUUUUUAUCUUACAGUAUUUCUCCACUAGGAAGCUAUUCGGAAGAGGAAAAGACUGUGUAUAACAUAACAGUAUCAAAAAAUAGCCUCAUCAGGCUGGGAGGGCAUAGGAAAGAGUCAAUAGAUGGAGCAGAAGAUCCACUGGAUCUAGAACUAAACGAUGCAGAUGAUGAAGCCGAGGAGGAGGAAGCACAAAAGUUGGCUAUUGUACGACGUGGUGAAUCGCAAGCACUUUCGUCAGGCAACAGGAAUGGUAACGGCAGGGCGUUGUCAGGAGGGAAGAAAAGUGGUGGACAAGAAGUCAUGUUCCAUUUGCCUGUCAAACAACCUGGACGAGUCCGACUUGAAAGAGUUUUAGAUAGAAAUCAUUUCGAUGCAAGACUUUCAAGGAGUGAGAUCUUGGUGGUAGAAUGUCCAAAGAUGGGCUUCAAUCCCAGGAGUAUUGCAUCUACACCGUCGCACGGCAAAGACUUUUGUCCAGGAGAUGCGGCCACAAUGGAUGUUUGGGUGAAAGGAUUUGCACCAUUAAAGCUGGACUAUUCCCGGCUCAUCGAACCGCAAAAUGGAAGAGGGAGUGGUGACAGAAAGACCUUCUCCAUAUCACACAUCUCAGAACCAGAUCUAGAGCAAUCUUCCGGAGAUGAUCAAGCAAGCGAAUUGGCGGUCGCACUCAAAGGAGCUAAGCCUAGAAAUAAACAGCUGCAGCAUCUUGCACAAGCCUCUUCUCGCAACAUUACUCUACCAAUCACGAUUGACACCUCAAAAGAAGGCAAACGAAUUUACCAUUUAGAGAGCGUACGAGAUGCCUGUGGCAAUGCUUUCGAACCUGAUGAGAAGGCAACGAAGUAUUUUGAGGACGUUCAUAUUCAUGCUCGUCCAACGAUUGUGUUUGAAAGAUGCUCAACGGAUCGUCCGAUAGAACUUUUACAAGGUGGACCUUCUCGUGAAGUGGCUGUUCGUAUCGAUGGUGUCGAAACCGAAGAUGGUCCCUUUAUCGCAGAAGUUCAAUUCGAAGGAGAGACUGAGACGUGGACCAAGAACGUGACGAUGAAUAAGCGAUCUUCGAUCACUAUUGAUAAGCCAGGAACAUACAACCUAAACAAAGUUGGUGGACGAUUCUGCAGCGGUGAAUCGGGUGCUCAAUGGACAUGUCCGGCUAGAGUUGUACCGCCACCAACUGCAUCGAUUCAGUUUGAUGCAAUUCAAGAUCCUUGCUCUGGUCCCGUCGGAGUAAAGGCAUUGGCAGUCCUAACAGGCUCACCGCCGUUCCGAGUGAAGUACCGAGUGGAAAGAGAAGGAAGAACAGCUCGAGAGUAUGAGCAGGUCAUCAAAAGGACAAGAGAAGAGAUCGAAUUCCGUCCUAGCGCCGAAGGUGAAGUUACAUAUACCUUCACCGGCCUUUCAGAUUCAAAUUAUCAGCAGAUUGAUUUGGACGGACCCAGUUUCACGCAAGUCUUGCACCCUGUAGCAUCUGCAUCGUUCGAAGGAGGACCACAAGCAGGCGUUGGGCCAACGGUAGCAUUACAAAGCUGUCAAGGAAAUGUAGCAAAAGCAAAAAUCUCCAUGGAAGGAGUUGGUCCAUUUGAACUCAAUUACGCCAUUCGCUCCGGUAGCGGUGAGUUGAUCGGCAAGAAGAAGGUGAAGGACAUUAAAGACAAUUCUUACCAGCUUGAAGUUGAGGUACCAAAACAAAUUGCAGAAAAGGGCGGUAGCCUGAUCGUUGCUUUGGACAGCAUUAAAGAUGCUAAAGGAUGUGAAAGACCGCUCACUGCUCCUGACCUGACCAUCAACGUCCAUCGAACUAAGCCUAGCGUUUCUUUCGUCGAUCCUAGACGGUCAGAUAUGCUGGAAGGCAAAGCGAUUGAUUUACCCAUUCGGUUAGCAGGAGAAGGGCCUUGGACUGUACGAUACGCUCACAAAGAGAAAGGCGGAAAGCCAGUUGAAGUCAAGCUUGACAAAUCUGAUUCGAUCUUAUCGAUUUUGGAACCUGGUACAUAUGAAAUCCUUGAUGUACAUGACCACCACUGUCCGGGUGUGGUCUUGAAGUCAAGAGAAACCCACAUUGUAACAGUCAAAGCAAGACCGACUGCUAAAUUUGAAGAACAAGGGCUACAGAAAGUAAAAGCGGAUAUUCUCAGUAGACCGCCAGUCUGUUUGGGUACGCCUGAUUCUGUGGGUAUUCAAGUCAAUGGACAUUUCCCUGUCGCGCUUUCCUAUCGACAUGUCUUACCUCAAAAUUCACAAGCAAGUGAACAUAGCUUCAAUGCAGCGCAAAAUCGUACUUCCUUACAAUUGGAUACUGAGGUUGAAGGAAGGCAUGUAUAUGAAUUAUCCCAAGUUGGCGAUGCCGUCUACCCUUUCAAAGCGUUGAAGGCUGGAGAUGGUACUCGUUUAGAACAAAUCGUUCAUCCACUACCGUUUGCCGCUUUUGCCCCCACGAGCAAUAACGCUGGAAGAUCGAAACAUGUGUCGCUUUGUCUUGGAGAGGCGUUGAGUAAUGCGGAUAAAGAUCGUGCUGUACCACCAAUCUCGUUGAGCGGCAAAGCACCAUUUACGCUGGAAUAUGCUAUCAAAGACAAUACUGGAGCAAUUCGAACAACUCUGACGAAGAGCGACAUUACUACGCACACCUUCAAUCUCCAGAUCCAUCAGAGUGAUUUCCCUUUCGAUAGAACAGGAAAGUGGAGUGUGGAUCUAAUCAGAAUCGUAGACGGAAAUGGUUGUGAGCGUUCACUGAAUAGCGGAGAAGGUAUCGAAUCCGGCAUUUCAAGCAAGCAAAAAUCAAAUAUGGAGAUUGAGGUGGUAGAAUCUGCCAAUAUUUCUCCCGUUGGAACACGGUCAGAUUAUUGUGUAGGUGAAACGAUUGAUUUCGUUUUGCAAGGUUCAUCUCCAUGGACUGUGACGUAUAACUUUGAAGGAAAGAUUUCUCGUGCAACGGUCAAAUCUACAACAUUUUCACGUAUUGCAGAACAGCCUGGUACUCUGCAGGUAGAAGCGAUUUCUCAUCAACAUAACCGUUGUGAAACGGUAGUAAAGGAAAAGGUAGGAAUGCAAAAAGUUAUUCAUGCCCUUCCAAGCGUUCAUAUUCGUGAAGGAACUCAUUACGUUGAAGAUUUACGAGAAGGCAAUCAAGCGGAGAUUAUGUUUAAAUUGGAUGGUGAGCCACCAUUUAGUUUCACAUAUCAACGUACACAAGCUGUUGAUCGAUUUGCAAGACCAGAAGUAUUGGAAACACAUACCGUCACUGGGAUUGAAGAGCAUUCAUUUACCAUUCAAACGGCAGAAGAAGGAACAUGGAGCGUGAUUUGGUUGCAGGAUAAAUGGUGUGCAAUCAGUAUUGAUAUGGGACAAGAUGGAAAACGAUCAAAGAGGGUUGAAGGACAACCGAGAAAGAUGAUUGCUCAAUCAUCCAAUUGA